UGAAUUCGACACAAGUAAACUCCUGAACUCUUUACAAAACCUCAAGAACCAAUUCACUGUACAACACUAAAAGUUCUGUAGUUGAAUAUUCAGUUUCCUGAAUUAUCCGUAGCUUCAAAUUCUAUGGGUACCACGAAUCAGAGGCAGAGUCCACGACGUGAAGCAUCAGUAUCCGACCCAAAUUUUCCAUCCGCAUCAUCGUUCUCAGCAAACAAGAAAAAAUGGUCUAAUUUUUUGCCCAUCUUUGUGGGUCUUGUUGUGUUAGGUGAGAUCGCAUUUUUGUGCCGGCUCGACAUGGCAAAGAACGUCGACCUGGUUAACACGUGGGCUGACUCGUUCUACCAGUUCACCAAGUCGACGACGUCGUCUUGGUCAACGGUUUCUUUAGCCGAUGAAGCUUGGUCGGGCAUUGGUGGCGGUGGACUUAACGAUCCAGGCUCCUCGCCCCAGGACAGAUGCGAGGCGUGGUUGGAAGAGGAGGAUUAUGUUCCUUAUUCUAGAGAUUUUAAGAAAGGGCCCAUUCUUGUCAAUGGAGGUAAUGAGGAGUGGAAGACCUGCGCUGUGGGAUGCAAGUUUGGUUUUGAUUCUGGUAAGAAGCCUGAUGCUGCAUUUGGGCUUUCUCAUGAACCAGGCACUGCUAGUGUGCUUCGCACAAUGGAAUCAGCUAGAUAUUAUGCUGAGAAUAGCAUUGAUAUGGCACGACGGAGGGGAUAUGAUGUUGUCAUGACUACUAGUCUUUCAUCAGAUGUUCCCGUGGGAUAUUUCUCUUGGGCUGAGUAUGAUAUAAUGGCUCCAGUGCAACCAAAAACUGAAAGUGCUCUUGCUGCCGCCUUCAUUUCCAAUUGUGCCGCUCGCAACUUCCGCUUGCAAGCUUUGGUUGCACUUGAGAAAUCAAACAUCAAAAUUGAUUCUUACGGUGGUUGUCAUAGGAAUCGUAAUGGAAGAGUGGAGAAAGUAGAAACUUUGAAGCGCUACAAGUUUUGCUUGGCUUUUGAGAACUCGAAUGAAGAGGAUUAUGUCACUGAAAAAUUUUUCCAGUGUCUCGUAGCUGGGUCUGUUCCUGUGGUCAUUGGUGCACCUAAUAUCCAAGAUUUUGCUCCUUGUUCUGGUUCACUGUUGCAUAUCAGGGAGCUAAAAGAUGUUGAUUCAGUUGCCAAGUCCAUGAAAUAUCUUGCUGAAAAUCCCAGUGCAUACAAUGAGUCAUUACGGUGGAAGUUUGAAGGGCCAUCUGAUUCUUUUAAGGCGCUUGUUGAUAUGGCAGCAGUUCACUCAUCUUGCCGUUUGUGCAUUUAUUUGGCUACAAAGAUCCGAGAGAAAGAAGAGGAAAGUGCAGAAUUUAGAAAACGGCCCUGCAAGUGUAUCACUGGCUCACGGACUACAUAUCACAUUUAUGCAAGGGAAAGAGGGAGGUUUGAGAUGGAGUCCAUUUUCUUAAGGUCGGACAACUUGACCUUGGAGGCCUUAAAUUCUGCCAUUCUUUUGAAGUUCAAGUCUAUGAAACACAUACCGAUUUGGAAAUAUGAGAGACCCGAAAGCAUAAGGGGAGGGGAUGAGCUCAAAAUUCACAGAGUAUAUCCUGUUGGAAUGACACAGAGGCAGGCAUUAUAUACCUUCAACUUUAAAGGAGAUUCGGAUUUCAGGAAUUACAUAGAGAGCAACCCAUGUGCCAAGUUCGAAAUCAUUUUCGUAUAGGUUGACAUCCUGAUGCUUUUGGCUUGCAUUCAUGGCUAAUUUCAGCUUUCCCGACUAAAUUCUGAGAAAAGGGGUCUUGGCUGGGUGGAUUGCUCGUCCCUUCUCACGUUCAUUUUUGCAGGAGUCCCUGUUGGUGCAUAGCUCGUCUUUUCUCAUCUACUUACCACAUUGUAUCCAUUAUUUUAUUUCACUCAAUAUAAUGGAGAUGUAUAAAGGUGAAAUAGGAUAUCUCGCAACCGCAUUAUGUUAGCUCUAGCCUUACACGGUGACAUUAUGUUAGCUGUAGCCUUACACGGUGACAUCGGAUUAGCAAUGUUAUUGUGUGUCUGAGAUGGGGUUGAAGUUCAGUGAGUAAAGCUCACAAUGAUUGUUUGACUCUGUCAUUUUAAUUCAUCCUGCAUUUGUAGAGUUGAGAUUUGCUGUUUCGAGAAUACAUUUUUGAUACCUUAGUACAUCA